GAUACAAUUUAGUGGACGUACAAACGUCCGAACUUCGAACUAAAAUAUCAAAUACAAAACUCAAUUCGCCUAAUGUUUCGUAACAUCCGCAGAGCCUUUGUUUCAAAUUCUAAUAGUCACGCAAUCCUCACCUACAUACUGUUUGAAUUAAUUAUACGCAUAUUUAUAUGGAUAUAUACUAUGUAUGCGUAUGUUCUUAAUAAAUAUUGACGUAAUUCGGCAAAGGCUUUCCUAUAUGUUUGGUAGUUUCGAUGGAUAUUCGGUGAAGCGAAGAGUUGUGAAUUCAAAGUCGUUUAUAAUUCCAACUAUAAAAUGAUCGGCAAUAGAGUAUGGCGAGCUUUAAGUCUCACCUGUUUCAUUGGAGUAGCGAUAUCAUCAUGUGGACUAGCUCAAGCAAAAGUUGCUCACAAAAUACACUGCACAGAGAACCAGAUGCAAGUCGAAAUACAAAUACCUGAAGCGAACAAAGAGGAUUCAGACAAACAACCGCAAAUAUAUUUGGAAGGCCUGAAAGAUUACCCAAACGAACGUUGUCAGCCACAAAUUAGUGAGUUGCACGCUGUGUUUCGGCUUUCCCUUACCGACUUUUACGAAUGUGGAGUCACCCGGAUGGUUAAUCAAUUGACGGGCAAAAAAGUAUACUAUCACAAGAUACUGAUAGAAUCCGCAGAGGGCAAAGAAGUAGUAAGUGUGAAAUGCAUCACAACAGAGCCAUUUUACAAUGUGCUUAUGCUGAAUGCUACCAAACAUCAUGGCGUUGUGAGACGCGACGUUCUACCGGCUGGGUUCCAAGAGCCAGAGGACUUGGAGAUCACAACAUCUCUUACCGAGCGCGCUCCAGAACCGCGACUAUCAAUAGGCGUUAAUCAGAAUGGCAAAAAGGUUACCGGCGAUCUUACCGUUACGCCUGGCACCCCAUUGACGAUGGAAAUAAAUUUGGACCGCGAUUCAGCGCAGGUUUAUGGCUUGGGUGUGAAUUAUCUGGAAGUGACCGAUACGCGACAACUCUCUGAAACAAUUGUAUUUAAAGGUUGCACGGUUGAUCCAUAUCUAUUCGAAAACUUUAAUACCAUCGAUGGGGACACUUUGUCAGCAAAAUUCAAAGCGUUUAAGUUUCCAGACUCAUCGUACGUUCAGUUCCGGGCCACAGUCAAUGUAUGUCUUGACAAAUGCCUUGGAACUCAGUGCUCGAACGGACAGAUCGGUUAUGGACGCAGAAGGCGCGAUACAACUGAGGUUUUAGCUCAGGGCUUGAUGGAUACAAACAAGGUCUACGAAAUAUCGCUGGCCAUGUUCAUAAAAAUAAAUGAUAUUGAAGGCGUCAAUCGUAAUGAAGUAUUGCAGUUAGAGGAGAAGCUGAGGGAAUUGAAAUUGGCCAAUCAGAGAUUAGCGCGUAAUAGCCGUGUUAACUUCGGCGAGUCGCUAAAGACCUUCGAUCAGCCCCUAUUGUCCGUGCCUGCCUUUGUGGUCGAUGAGAGGGAGCUUAGUCAAGCUCAACGCAGCGUCAGUAAUGAUGCUUCUAGCAGAUCAUUGGGUUGGGCCUCUCUUCUCUUUGGACUUUGGGUACUUGUUUGUAAAUGUAUGUAAAGGAGAUUGCGCCACCCAACCCAACCACAAUUUCCUGUUUAUUAAAAAUGCGAUAGCUUUGAAAAACUCUAUCCCUACUAAAAUAAUAAGUAGUGCAUACGCAUGUGAACUUAAUAUAGAUAGAAAAGAAAGUCGGACCGGAAACAUAGUGAGAUAUCUGAUGAAUAUAUGCAACAGGAACGAAAAAAGAAAUCAGGUACAUCAGAAUAGAGAAGUGUACAUACAUAUGUAUGUAUGUACGUAGGCGUGUAUAAUACCAUAUGGUUUACAUACAUAUCCAUAUAUGUAUGUUCAUGCAUGCAGGUGUGUGUAAUUAUUACAGUUAGAAAUUACAUAUAAACUGCCAUCAUUUACAGUUAUUUACCACGAAUAUUACGAAAGUAUAUUAAUAAAAGCAAUGAAUUAUAAUUAUAAAGUAUAAAUGUAAGCGAAUACGGUCUUGCAACUGAAAACACACAUACAUAUGUACAUAUGUAUAUCGGUUGAAAUUUUAGAAUUCUAAUUCUAAGCUCCAAGUAAAAUUUAAUCGCACGUCUCGUAAAAAUCGUGUUCUCAUCCAUAAGAAAGUGGCAGCAAAUAUUAUCUUCUAACGAGGCAUCCCUAAAUAAAGCGGCCACUUUACAUCAUAAUUCUCAUCUAAACUCUAAAUUUAUUAAUGAUACUUUCAUUUAUUUGUACAAGCAUUAAACAUCGCGCGUCAAGAAAUUGUUUAGAAAUUACAAGUUACAAAAAUUACUUAAGGCGUUGCCAAUAUCGAAUUUUUAACCCUCAGCUUUGCCGCCACGUUUAUCUAAUUUUUGAGAGUAAUUUUUCGCUGCCGCUUUUAUUUAGGGACGGCAGUAAGUCACUACUAGUCUACUAAGAUACAAGUUGUAUGUAAGCUAAUUGAAUAUUGAUAUUAAUAUGUAAUAAUAAUAAAGAAAUAUAAAUACUAACUA